AUGGAUACUGCAGUAGUACGAGUGGAUGUCGAAGACACCUCGAAGGCAGAUCGAUGCGAAAAAUUUGUUACGGGAUGUGUUUGGGUAUUUGUUGUCAUCACUUUCCCGAUUUCUAUAUUCUGCUGUUUCGAAAUAGUUCAGGAGUACGAACGAGCAGUAAUAUUUCGCCUGGGACGUCUGGUGUCGGGUAUGGCGAAAGGGCCGGGUAUGUUCUUCGUUUUGCCCUUCAUUGACGACUACACGCGUGUCGACUUGAGAACACAAACGUACGACGUGCCGCCACAAGAGAUAUUGACCAAAGACAGCGUGACGGUGAGUGUAGACGCCGUGGUCUAUUAUCGGGUGUACAACGCUACGAGAUCGGUAACCAAUGUCGCUGACGCUCACCAAUCGACCUAUCUAUUAGCUCAAACCACAUUGAGAAACGUCUUGGGCACCAGGCCGUUGCAUCAAAUUCUCAGCGACCGAGACGCCAUAUCCAAGACUAUGCAAGUGUCAUUGGACGAGGCAACCGAGUCGUGGGGCAUCAAAGUGGAACGGGUGGAAAUUAAGGACGUUAGAUUGCCAGUUCAGUUGCAAAGGGCAAUGGCGGCGGAAGCUGAGGCGUCCCGAGAAGCCCGUGCAAAGGUCAUCGCGGCUGAAGGUGAACAAAAAGCAUCGCGAGCCCUCCGCGAAGCUUCAGAUACUAUAAGCGCAUCUCCAGCUGCUCUACAACUCAGAUAUUUACAGACAUUAAACACUAUAUCAGCUGAGAAGAAUUCUACAAUCAUAUUCCCACUGCCAAUCGAUAUUAUUUCAUUUUUUACGAGACCAAGAGAACCACGAGAACCACUAGAAUCACGAGAAUCACGAGAACAAAGUGAACCAACGAAACCAGAUCUGCAAAAUCUAACCAGUUAA